AUGGGACCUCUUCUCGUUUGCUUCUUCAGUGGUCUCGGGUUCACCACUUGUAUCAUCAUCCUACCGCAGCACUAUCAGGUGGUCUUUCGAGACUCACCACCGAUAGCUGGCUACCAUCUCCUCGUCAUGACCCUCGUCACGCCUCUAGGCUCCGCGUUCCACCUUCAUCAUAGUUGGGACGGGUCUCUCGACAAUGACUACACAUACGUCCGAUACGUUUCCCGCAUCCGAGUAUGGGUACUAAAUUAUCAUGGGAUUCGGAUUUGGCAUCAAUUUAGCAACGAUUUUCAUGGCUGUGCCUCUCGCGUUUACCGAGCUUCAGCGGUCGACAUGGGAAUCAGCAACCAACUUCGCGUCCUCGGCGGGAAGAUCCUUGACCCAGUGCAUAUGAAAGCGCCGCUGGCCUCUGCGCAGAAAAUGGCAUUAAUCCCGCCGCAGCGGCCAAAAUUACAGCACUAA